AUGUAUGUAACGUGGGCGACUUUUAACAAUGUAAGAAUGCUUCUAAUGGCUUGCAUGCCAAUUGUAAUUUUUUAUUUAAUAUGGUUAGUAAACACAUCAGAAGGAAUACGAAGUGAAGAGGGAACCCUCUUGGAUCUAAUAUGCUGGCCCGACGGUAAUGCGAUUCCUGUUAUUAUAGCCUGUGGAUCUAUAAUAGCAGUCGUUAUUGAGCUAUAUGGUUUAUAUCAACUAUUUAAGGCAGGGUUACCGAAAAGGGAAUACAAUGUCACCAAUGGCUUAUUUUACUAUAUCUGGGCCUUGAUUGUUAUGAUCCUUAUUUUUCUUGCUAUAAUGUUUUAUUCUGGAUUACAGUCGACUAUAUUACGAGCUAAGAUCAAAGGAGGAAUAACUAAAGCUAUGUUAAGAUACGCAAGUCACUUGCCUUCGAAAGUAGCAAUAGAUAGGCUUCAGACGAGAUUCCGCUGCUGUGGUCGCGUGGACUAUCAGGAGUGGUUCUAUAUUCCUUGGUUUACCACCGAAGAAAGUGUCGCUACUAACGCUGUAGCAAGUAAUAGGUUCGUCGCUGACAACGUCCCCUACAGUUGCUGCUCCAAGGACGUAAUGUCUCCCUGCAUACACCACGGCGUUUCACAUAGAGGAGUUAUUUAUAAAUACGAUCCUGCGAAACAACUAACGAUAUGGUCAGAAGGUUGCGAAGAGAAAUUAAUAUACGAGAUGAUGUCGGUGUCGUGGAGGUUUAAUGCGGUGAUGUCCUUGAUCAUUAUAACAAUGAUUCUACAAGUGAUCGCGGUACGUUAUUUGCACACUGCCUAUAAAAACGGUUUGCAUUGUGGUAAUCAAAUAACUUGCUACGCCUAUCUUCUUCGUUCAGCGACUGAUACAAAGAUACAGCAGACAGUAUAUUCAAGAAGGAAGGCGUUUAGAAAGAAGAAGCCGAAACAGACACGAACACUGCAGUGGGUGACGGGCAGCUCGCAGCCGGCUUUGCGGAGAUACUUGAGCUCCACGGACAGUUCAGAUGAGUUAUUGAAACCUAUUUUCGAAUGAUUUUAAAUCAUUCAAUGCAUUUUAUUGCACAGUAAAAGAUUUACCCUGCGAUAAAUUUAUGAUU